GUUUAUUUAUUCAAUUCUGGAUAGAGUCUACUGUUUUAUUCAAUCAAUUCUGUAAACUUGAUCAGUAGUACCAACUGGCACAAGCAGACUGCAAAUAUGACUACUUCAAAUUGGCCCCCACCUAUGGAUAAUGCAUCCUCAUUCUCUGUAUCUGCUCCAGUCGCAUCACACUCUAAAGGACGAAUUGCAUAUUUACACAGAAACGAAGUCGGCAACUUCCACUAUGGUGAUGGCCAUCCAAUGAAACCAGCCAGACUGGCACUAACCCACAAUUUGGUCAUUGGCUAUGGUCUGCAUAAAAUGAUGACUGUUUAUUCACCUCGUCUUGCAACAGAUGAGGAACUGACUGAAUUUCAUACGGAUGAUUAUAUUGAUUUUAUUCAAAGAGUUUCUCCAGACAAUAUCCAAAACUAUUCAAAGUUUUUGUCCAGGUUCAAUAUUGGUGUAGAAGAUUGUCCAGUAUUUGAAGGAUUAUACGAUUUUUGCAAAAUGUCUGCUGGUGCUUCCAUUGAAGGUGCACGCAAACUCAACUCACAAUCUGCAGAUAUUGCCAUCAAUUGGAGCGGCGGUUUGCACCAUGCCAAAAAGUUUGAAGCAUCGGGGUUUUGUUACGUCAAUGAUAUUGUACUGGCAAUCUUGGAGCUGUUGCGAUACCAUCCUCGUGUUGUAUAUAUUGACAUUGAUGUGCAUCAUGGCGAUGGUGUUCAGGAAGCAUUUUACCAUUCCAACCGUGUCAUGACAGUCUCAUUUCAUAGAUAUGAUGGGCAAUUUUUUCCUGGCACUGGUGCUUUGUCCGAGACUGGUGCUCGCAAAGGCAAAAACUAUGCUAUUAAUAUUCCAUUGCAUCAAUCAAUAGAUGAUGCGUCAUACGCAUAUAUUUUCACACAAAUCAUGUCCAACGUGAUGCAAACGUUUCGUCCAACAGCUAUUGUUCUUCAAUGUGGAGCAGACUCUCUUGCAUCUGAUCGGCUUGGCUGCUUUAACCUGUCCAUCAAAGGCCACGGCGAGUGUGUUCGAUACAUGAGGUCAUUUCAAAUUCCCAUGUUGGUUCUUGGCGGUGGCGGAUAUACAAUUCGCAAUGUUGCACGGUGUUGGACCUAUGAAACAUCCGUUUUAACAGAAACCAAUCUAUCGGAUGAUCUUCCAUAUAACGAGUAUCUUUCACACUAUGGACCAGACUUUAAACUUCAUCCAGCUAUUGUUGAUCGUAAUUCUGGAAAUGCAAACACAAAACAAUAUCUUGAGGGAAUUCGUAUUCGUAUUGCCGAGUAUUUGAAACAGAUUGAAGGUGCGCCAAGUGUACAAAUGCAAGCUGUUAUGCCGAGUUUAGGUGAAGGAUUGUUGCGAGAUGAUGAUGCUGUUGGUGAUGAUUCUGAUGAUUGGGCUGCUGAUUGCAGAAGAGAUGAAGACGAUGGUCUGUUUAAUAGACAUCCAAAUGAUCGAUUUUCUUCAAGGGUGCAUCCCGCUGAACACUAUGAAAACUCUCACGAUCAAGAUGCAGAUGAGGGUGAAGAUAUUGAAAUAUAAUAAAUUGUCUUGGAGUUUGCU